CAGCCGCACAGCAACCCUGCCAACUGACUAUGCAGGGGUAAAACGCCUUGCAGACCUGUCCGCAACAAUGUUACGAAGACGUAAAGCCUUACAUCAAGUGACAGCUACCCAUCGCAAUAAUAACAUCAGAUACUACUGGGGUUAUCCUACCAAGCUGCUCGUCAUAAAAGAUGGGACACUCACCUUCCUGCACACGCCAGAAGAAG